UUUGAUAGAGAAAAUUCUCAGCUACAAAACACUAUUUUCCAACAAGAGGCUGCAUGCUGUGCUUGUGAAGGCUUGCAUCAGCAGAGCUGACCCACUGUUGCCACUGCUGAAAUACAUCACCCCUGCCUUGCAGUGCUCAGUUCCACUGCUUGGUCUCUGUAAACUUUCAGCAAGCAUCAGUGAAUGUCAGUGGGUGCCAUUUUCUCCACACAGAGGAAUCUGGUGACCCACCUUUGCUUCAUCCACACUUCCAGGUGAGAUACCAUUUUGUCAGACUGCCCCUCUGCUGCCUCUGUCACACACAACAACGUGUAAUGGGAUACUGGUGUGGAGGUUCAACCUCUACUGCCAUACCACCAACAUCCACUUCUGGCACUGUGAACCAUCAUAAGAAAAUAGGAGGCAUUAUUUUUCAGAGUAGCCCUCAUAGAAAGUACUAGCAGUUCAUUUAGUUCAUUUUGCUCUAUGGGAACACGUGCCCUUUGUGAAAGUGGAAGAUGUGUCUUAAUAUUUUAAGCUAACUUAACAGAAUGAAGUAAAAAAAAAUUAUACGAUCAACUCACACAUUAAGAAAAAAAGUGACUUGUAACUUUCCAGGUCACACAAGCAACAUUAAUUAAGUAAAGCUACUUAGCUCUUCUGCCACUCAUAGAUUAAUAUGUCAACUCAGAGGAAUCAGCAAGCUCUCCAUCCUUGAAACACCUGAAACAUGUUCUACUUCUCACAUCAGUCUGAAAUACCUAAAUUUUCCUGAGAGAUUUUGCUCCAUUUUAUUAAACAACAAAGCUUUGUACUUGAACAAAAGGCACAACAGGUACAAUAACUGCAACAGCCAUCUCUUAUUUGACCAAUACAUAGAAUCAUCUGUCCUGAACCCAGGUUGCUGUGGGCAUGUAUGCUGCAACUCAGAAGGACCCUGAACAGUUCAGGGAAGAACAAUCUUGCACCCUUAGAACCUCUUCUGUGUUUUCCACGUGGAAGUAUUUUUUAAUAUAUAAAUAACGCAACACAUUGAAAUUAAUCAGGCUAAAGUAUUCCAAAGCUUGCGUUUGAAUUGCAUUGCUGUAGGAAAUUUAAAUCAAAAAUUGUAUUAACGCAACGGGCACCCACCCACCCACUUCUGUUUGAGUUUGGCAGAGCUCAGCCCCGCAGGCCGCCUCCCACGCUGCCCGGUGUCCGCCCGCUGCGGCCCGGCCCCGCCCUGCUCGCCCAGGGGCUUUCCGGCUGCUGCUGCCUCUGCCUGCGAUAUUUGCUGCCUGGAGAGUUCCGGGUUGGACGCUAUGUCUCUGCAAGGGGCGGUAGGGGCUGCGGAGUUGAUUUUCUAUGUGAAUGGGAGAAAGAUAAUAGAGAAAAAUGCCGAUCCUGAACAGAUGCUGCUGUUUUAUCUGCGAAAGAGACUCCGUCUUACAGGAACUAAGUAUGGCUGUGGAGGAGGUGGCUGUGGUGCCUGCACGGUGAUGAUAUCAACUUAUGAGCCAGCUUCAAAGAAGAUACUACACUACUCAGCAAAUGCAUGCUUGCUUCCCAUUUGCUCCUUGUAUGGUAUGGCAGUCACCACAGUGGAAGGUGUUGGAAGUACAAGAACCAGAAUUCAUCCAGUUCAGGAAAGGCUUGCCAAGUGCCAUGGCUCCCAGUGUGGUUUCUGUACCCCUGGAAUGGUGAUGUCCAUAUACACUUUGUUAAGAAAUCACCCAGAACCAACUUAUGAGCAGAUGACUGCAGCUCUGGCUGGGAACUUGUGCCGCUGUACUGGAUACAGGCCCAUCCUAGAUGCCUGUAAAACCUUUUGUAAGGAUUCUGUUUGUUGUCAAAGUAAAGCAAAUGGAAAGUGUUGCUUGGAUCAAGAAGAGGAUUUGUUUGACAGAAAAGAGAAGGAAUCUGCCAGUCUGUUUUCACCAGAUGAAUUCCAGCCCUUAGAUCCCACCCAAGAGUUUAUAUUUCCUCCAGAACUAAUGAGAAUGGCUGAAAAUCAACCGAAAAGGACUCUGGUUUUCCAUGGGGAACGAAUGAUGUGGAUUUCUCCUGUAACCUUAGAUGAAUUACAGGAUCUGAAAGCUGCCCACCCCAAAGCACCUCUUGUUGUUGGAAACACUGGUGUGGGACCUGAUAUGAAGUUUAAAGGCGUGUUCCAUCCAAUUGUCAUUGCUCCUGCCAGGAUCCCAGAUCUGAAUGUGGUGAAAUGCAUGAGUGAUGGAUUAACUAUAGGAGCUGCCUGCAGCCUCUCUCUAAUGAAAGAUGUCUUGAGAAAUGCAAUUUUGGAGUUACCUGAAGAGAAGACAAAGAUUUUCUAUGCGGUCUUGCAGCAGUUAAGAACACUGGGUGGAGAACAGAUAAGAAAUGUUGCUUCAUUAGGUGGAAACAUUAUAAGUCGAAAAUCAACCUCAGACUUGAACCCCAUUCUGGCAGCUGGCAAUUGUAUGCUUAAUCUGGUUUCACAAGGAGGAAAGAGAUGGAUUCCUUUGAGUGAUAUUUUUGCAAAUGGAGUUGGUAACGAUGCUAUUAUGCCAGAAGAGGUUUUAGUCUCUGUCCGUAUUCCUUAUUCUAGGAAGGGAGAGUAUAUUUCUGCAUUUAGACAAGCACCAAGAAGAGAAAAUGCUCUCCCAAUAAUUAGUGCUGGAAUGAGAGUCCUUUUUGAAGAAGGUACAGACAAAAUUAAGGAUUUGAGCGUUUUCUAUGGAGGUGCUGCUUCAACAACAGUCUGUGCAAAGCAAACCUGUCAGACACUUAUUGGAAGAUACUGGAAUGAACAGAUGUUGGAUGAAGCUUCCAGGCUAGUCCUCAAUGAAAUAGUUCUCCCAGACUCAGCCUGGGAUGGGAAAGUAGAAUAUAAAAAAAUAUUGAUAGUUAGUUUCUUCUACAAAUUUUUCCUGGAAGUAUUACAGUCACUGAAGACAAUGGACCCUUGUCGCUAUCCUGGCAUACCCAUGGAAUAUGAGAGUGUUCUAGAAAACUUCCAAACCAAAAUGCCCCAGAGUAUCCAAAUAUACCAGAAUGUAGAGCUGAGUCAGUCUCCCCAGGAUCCUGUGGGACGGCCUAUUAUGCACCAGUCUGGAAUUAAGCAUGCCACUGGUGAAGCAGUUUACAUUGAUGAUAUUCCUUCUGUGGACGGAGAGCUCUUCCUGGCUGUUGUCACUAGUUCCAGAGCUCAUGCUAAGAUUGUAUCUGUAGAUGCCUCAGAGGCUCUGAAGGAACCAGGUGUGUUUGACAUCAUAACAGCUAAUGAUGUACCAGCUACAAAUGAGUUUCACUACUCUGAUGAUCCAGAGAUUAUAUUUGCAAGAAACAAGGUAAUUUGUGUGGGUCAGAUUGUAUGUGCUGUAGCUGCAGAUUCAUAUGCUCAUGCCAAACAAGCUGCUGCAAAAGUGAAGAUAGAGUAUGAAGCGCUGGAACCUGUGAUCUUGACAAUUGAGGAUGCUAUAAAGCACAACUCAUUCUUUGAGCCAAAAAGAAAAUUAGAACAUGGAGAUGUUGAUAAGGCAUUUGAAACUGUUGAUCGUAUACUUGAAGGGGAGAUUCGCAUUGGAGGGCAGGAACACUUUUAUAUGGAGACUCAGAGUGUGCUUGCUGUUCCAAAAGGAGAGGAUAAAGAAAUGGAUGUGUUUGUUUCAACACAACAUCCAGCAUUUAUCCAGGAGAUGGUAGCUGCAAGCCUAGGUGUUCCAGCAAACAGGAUCAUGUGCCAUGUUAAACGAGUUGGUGGAGCUUUUGGUGGGAAACUCCUGAAAGCUGGUUUACUGGCAUCAGUUGCUUCAGUGGCAGCAAACAAAACCAACAGAGCAGUCCGUCUUAUUCUGAGCCGGGGAGAUGAUAUGUUAAUCACUGGUGGACGGCAUCCUUUUAUUGGCAAAUAUAAAGUUGGCUUCAUGAAUGAUGGUAGAAUCAGAGCUGUGGAUGUCAAAUACUACAUUAAUGGAGGAUGCACCCCUGAUGAAUCUGUCCUGGUAGCGGAAGUAUCCUUAUUAAAAAUGGACAAUGCGUAUAAUAUUCCCAACUUGAGAUGCUUAGCUUGUGCUUGCAAAACAAAUUUGCCAUCAAACACAGCAUUUCGAGGAUUUGGUUUUCCUCAGUCAGGACUGGUAACAGAAACUUGGAUAACAGAAGUUGCAGAGAAAACAGGUUUAUCGCCAGAAAAGGUUAGGGAAAUAAAUAUGUAUAAGGAGGAUGAGCAAACACACUUCAAACAAAAGCUUGAUCCACAAAACUUAAUACGUUGUUGGAAUGAAUGUAUGGAGAAAUCUGCAUACUACAGUAGGAAAACAGCUAUCAAGGAAUUUAACAAACAAAAUUACUGGAAGAAAAAAGGGAUUGCCAUUGUUCCAAUGAAGUUUCCAUUUGGACUAGGCUCACGGUACCUUUCUCAGGCUGCUGCUCUGGUUCAUAUUUAUACGGAUGGAUCUGUGCUUUUGACACACGGUGGAAUUGAAUUGGGACAGGGUAUUCAUACAAAAAUGAUCCAGGUUGCUAGUCGGGAAUUAAACAUUCCAAUGUCAUAUAUUCACUUCUGUGAAACAAGCACAACAACUGUUCCUAAUGCGUGUGCUUCAGUAGGAUCUGCAGGGACAGAUGUCAACGGCAUGGCUGUGAAGGAUGCUUGCCAAACUCUUCUGAAACGCCUGCAGCCUAUCAUUAACGAGAACCCAAAAGGCAACUGGAAUGAUUGGAUUAAAGAAGCCUUUGAACAAAGUGUGAGUCUUUCAGCUACUGGCUACUUUAGAGGUUAUGAUGCAAAUAUGGACUGGGAGAAAGGGGAAGGACAGCCAUUCACAUACUUUCUUUAUGGAACUGCUUGUUCAGAGGUUGAAAUUAACUGUUUAACAGGAGAUCACAAGAACCUCAGAACAGACAUAGUUAUGGACAUUGGAUGCAGCAUAAAUCCAGCUGUGGAUAUAGGACAGAUUGAAGGUGCCUUUGUUCAAGGCAUUGGACUUUACACAAUGGAAGAAUUACAGUACUCUUCAGAAGGAGUCCUACGUACUCGGGGUCCAGAUCAGUAUAAGAUCCCUGCUGUUUGUGACAUUCCAGAACAGUUUAAUGUUUCCCUGCUGUCAUCUUCCCAAAAUCCGUAUGCCAUCUAUUCAUCCAAGGGGUUAGGUGAGGCAGGACUUUUCUUGGGAUGCUCUGUGUUCUUCGCAUUGAGGGAUGCAAUAACUUGUGUGAGGAAUGAAAGAGGACUAAAAAAGACCUUUGCACUGAACAGCCCUCUGACUGCUGAACAAAUACGAGCAGCCUGCACAGAUGACUUUACUAAGAUGAUGACAAAUGAUGAAUCUGCUUCCUCCACUCCUUGGGCCAGAGUGCAUCAGACCUGAACAGAAUUCUAACUAUUGAUUGCCUGCUCCAAAACACACUAAUCAACUCACAUAAAAUAAAGUAUUUUCUCAUUUUCAGAAUAGAAACAUAUAUACAUUACUCUUCUAUCAGUCUUCAUUUUCUGUCUGGUAUACUUACUAAACUUACAACUACUCAAGUUACAGCAUUCAAUUAUUAGAAAUGUAUCUCCAAACAUACUUAUUCCACAAGAAGGGUCGUCUGAAUGGUUCUGUUGCACGGCAUCCACAGAAAGAUCAGUUAAUAUAUGCUGCAGGAGAAGAAAGUUAGGAUGUAUUAUAAAGGUAUGUUAGAUUCCUUACUAUCAUUUAUUACAUAAAAGUACUUCAUAUGAUGUGAUUUUUGAGAACCUUCAGCUAAUAUUCCUGAGAUUUAAAUCAUGCAGUGCAGGUCUUCGCAGAAAUCUUUGUUGAAAAAUUGGAACUUUGUUUAUUAAAUUGAAUAUCUUUUUGAUAGCAAGUGAUGCUCUGAUUUCUAAUAAAGUCAGUUUAGGUUUUCCUUGGUACAGACAUCUUUGUGUUAAGAACAUACGGGGAACUAGUGUUAUGAUUUUCUUCUGCUAUGCCAGGCAAAUUGGUAUGUCCUAUACAGAUAGGAGAUUAAUUUUAUCUUCAAAGCUGGAAGAGUCACUUAAAUGUAGUUUCCCAUUAAGGCUCUUUUUGUCAUGGAGCAGUUCAAAAACCUCUGAACUUAGUGAGAAAAUCCACAUGGAGUUCAGUAUACUUUUAAAUAGAGGCCCGGAUGAACCUGUGUCUGGGAAAGGAUUCUUAAACAGUGCUUAAUCCUGUUCUCUGCACUGUACUGAGUCAUGAGAGCAGAGUUAAGAGCUUUUCUUUCACUCUUGAGCAUUACUGUGAUAAAAAACAAAAUAACAGAAAACAAUUUAAAAACAAAAAAUAUCAAUCAUCUGAUACUGCCUAGGCAGAAGACGAGUAGUAGCAACUGGAGACAGGAAAAUAUAAAGCAGCACUGUUUAGAAUGGUAACAAAUUCUGGUGAUAUUAAAUUUGAAGAAUGUAUUUAUUUGUAAUAUAAGACAAGUUCAAGAAAUUACAUAGAAAAAAUUGAAAUGAACAUAUUAUGGAAGCUCCAGUCACAGUUUUCUGAUUUCAAUGUUAGAAUCCAUAGAACUAAGUUCAUGGAAAACUUCAGCUUUUCCUCUUACCAAAGUGCAAAGUUGAAAUCUCAAUUCUGAAUGUGCUCACACAUACCCAGAGAUAUGCAAAAGUCUCUGGCGUUUGGAUUUGGGGCUUCGAUGUAAGAUGCAUCUUAGCACAGAGAAAUCAUCAUUUUUUCCAGUGUAUGUAUGUAUGUUUCAGAAAGUAACACUUGAAAAAAUUGUAGUAGAUUCAUAGAAUCAUAGAAUCACCAAGGUUGGAAAAGACCCACACAAUAACCCAGUCCAACCAUGUACCCAUGACCAAUAGUUCUCGCUAAACCAUGUCCCUCAACACAUUCUUUCAUGAAGUCAAACAGUCACAUGCUGAACAUGUGAUUUUGGUGAACCUCUGCAUCAUCUGUUCCUUACUGCUGUUUAUAAUGAAAAUCAAUGGCUCUAAUUAUUUCACACAUUGGUCUGUGGUCUCUCAUUUCACUUCUUAGUUUACCACCAACUGUUUUCUUUCCUUUUAUGAGCUGGUAUUGUAUUUGUGAGGGAAACCAAGUUAACUUCUUUUGUUUUGGCUAUUAAAAUAUAAAUAUUGUUGCAGUUUGUGACUCUGUGAUCUUUGAGUGGGUGAAAUUCAUCUGCUUAAACCUGGGGAUUGAGUGCCAUUUUAGACAUGAUAAGAUAGACAUAGUAGAGCCCACAGUUAGAAGAUACGACAUUGUAACUGGAGACCAAAAUGCUUAUAGUAGGUCAUCUAAAAGGACACUAGAAGUGUGGGUUAGGCUGCUGAAGCCUUCUUAGUUUUAACUUCUUUUUCUUCAUUUUCAUUGUAUUGCUUUGGGUCUUAUAUAUGUUAAGAAAAGUCAAAAAUAAAUGCGUGUGCUGCUGAUGUUAUUAGUCUUUCUGAUUAGAGAUAUCUUUUGCUGUGUGAGCUUGUUAGUGAUAAUUUGCAACCCCGUGUGUCAGUAAUAGCUCCAAACUAAGGGUAAAUCUCAGGAUAUGCUGAAACAGGGAACGUAUGAAAUUAAUGAAUUGUGGAAAGGGCAUUGUCUGUGGCUCUCCUAUGUACCUAUUUAUCACAAUGCAUGCUGGUAAAUUCCAGGUAGGUGAAUUAUUGUAUGCAUUGUGGCCCAGCUCUUACAUGCAAUGAUAUCACCCUACCUGCUAUGCUGAGCUGUUUAUACACCUGGGAUUCAUUGUGUUCUAGUCCUGUGCUUUGUUAUCUGCAGUACAGAUCACAUCUGCUUAUUAGUAUUUCUCAGCUACUAUUAGCAAAGAUUCCUUCCUGCCUCUUUACAAAGUGACACCAUUUUCUAUUUGUCUCAGUGAAAUCUAGCUAUAUGCUAAACACGUUUUUGUGGGGUUUUUUUUUCUUAAUGAAAAGAUAUGAAUCUCCUGGCUUUAAGAUUUUGAAAAACUGUGUGAAAGCUAGAAAUAUCAGCUAUUAAACAUACUUCUAUUGACGCUAUACCUAUGAGGGAAAUUGUGAAAUCAAUUUUCUUGGAAUAGAGAAGUGUUAAGGAGGUGGGUAUUUUUUGUGUUUUUGUUGUUAUGUUUUUAGUAUUAAAGAUUUGCAGACUGGAGGAGCUGCACAAGCAAAGUGUUAGGUCUCCAAAGGCAUGGUGCGUUGGGUGGCUAUCGACACAUUAAUAUAUAUUGUGCAGAAACACCCAAACUGGAAAUGGCUGGUGGAAACUUUUUUCUUGUUUUUGUGGUAAAUAAUUAUUUCUAUAAAUAUCUACCUUCAUUCACUCCCAAACUAUGGCUGGAGAAUCUUAAACACCUAACACAGAGGUACUAAUUUGAUUUGGAGUCUGUUGCUCUAAAAGGUAGAUAUUGGGUAGCCAAAGUCCAGUAUUAGAUAUGUUUAUUUCUCUUCUUGUCUUUUAAUCCUGCAUAUUGUAUGUGCAACACUUAAGGAAUACCAUAGUAGUGCUGUAGUUAGCAGACUUCAAUAGGGCUUUUGCCUGCAGUACCUUAUGACUUCAGUUUUUCAUUGUUCAUAAUUCUCAUUGCGUACUUGAGGGGCUAAAACACAAAAGAAUAAGCACGUAGCUCUUCUGAGAAUAAUUUCCUUCUAAUGGGAAAAAAGGUGGGGAACUGACUACUUUGUCUUAAAAUACUAAACUGUUUCUAAAUGAAAGACGCUUUUGCUGUAUAAUAUAAAAAAGUGAUGUGCAUUUAAAAAAAAAAAAAGACUUUGAAAGUUGUGCACAUAAAUUCUCAAUUUAAAAAAAAAAAAAAAAAAGAAAGCUAGCUGUAGUAAAGCAUUUUGAGAUUAAUAACCUAGUUUACUAAAUGUGAAUUUACAGUAAAUAGAUAAGAUACUAGAAUACCAGAUCAGGGUUUGGAGUAUCUUUCUCUAUAAAUUUAGCGCAUAUGGUAUAUCGUAUAGGGUAUGAUCAACUCAUAAUGUUAACUGCAGCAGUCAGGCUAUUGAGCUGGAGUGGCAUAGAGAUAAUCAGUAGGAAAUUUUGAAGUUUACGCAGUAAUAAUCCAGACUCAACAUGUUGAAACCUGGUUACAGGAAAACACUAGCUAUGACACGCCCAUCAGUGAUAUACUAAAUGAGAAGCACAGGUUUUAGCUUUAGGCAUUCCUACCUAUUCUACAGUUCACAGCAUUAAAAAGAGGCCUCAGAGUUGUAGUUCAGACCCAGGAAUCCCCUCCGACAAAUAGCUUAUCACUUAGGUUACAAAGUUAGAGUUAGAGGGGAUCUUAUUCUUUUCAAAUUAUUGCAGCUCAUCAGAGAAGAGUUACUGUGCAGAGUGCAAGUAGAAAGUCUGGUGAGCCAGCACCUUAAAAUGCAUUAGUUGCUGUGAAAGUGCGUACCUUACACUGACUCCUCCCUAUCUACUUGAUUUGAUGCUCAGUCUGAAAAUAAAUUCUGCGGGACACAGAGCAAAUUUAGUCCACUUGAGUCAGAGUCAUAUGACCUAGGCGAGGAGCAUGUAGCAUUUCUCACUGUAUGUAAA